GUUGGGGGCGCGGCUUGAAAGGCGUCGUCCAGGGCAGGCGCGCGGCGUUGCUGGGGUUCGGACGCGGCCGGGCCGUGCAGAGGGGAGGGAGCGCGUUAGCCGGACCCGGCUGCCCCGCAGCGGCACGAUGAGCCUGGCCCUCAGGAAUGAGCUCUCAGUAGACAAAACUAAGAAGAAGAAAAGAAGAGAGCUGACUGAGGAACAGAAGCAAGAAAUUAAAGAUGCCUUUGAAUUGUUUGAUACAGACAAGGAUAGAGCGAUAAAUUAUCAUGAAUUAAAGGUGGCAAUGAGAGCCUUGGGUUUUGAUGUGAAAAAAGCUGAUGUCCUGAAAAUACUUAAAGAUUAUGAUCGCGAAUCAACAGGCAAGAUCACUUUUGAAGAUUUUAAUGAAGUUGUGACAGAUUGGAUAUUGGACAGAGACCCUCAAGAAGAAAUACUCAAGGCAUUCAAAUUGUUUGAUGAUGAUGACUCUGGUAAAAUAAGUCUGAGGAACCUGCGCCGGGUUGCUAGAGAAUUGGGUGAAAAUAUGUCUGAUGAAGAACUGCGAGCUAUGAUUGAAGAAUUUGAUAAGGAUGGAGAUGGAGAAAGUAUGUGUUGGCAAAUACAACACCAUAUCAUCUUAUUCUUAAUUUUGUUCUCUUUUUAGGUGUUAUUUUGUUGUGAAAAUGUCCUCUUUCAUUUCCUUCUACAUUACUUUCAUCUUAAGCAUAAUUUAGUUUACAAAUAAUGCAGACGAUUGCUUUUGACAGCUACUAAUCCUGGAGUUAAGGAAUUGACUCACCACCAACUCUUAUUCAGCCAAUGUCUAUUUAAAAGAGGGUGAAAGUGUAGUUGAAGGUAGAAGUAAGAGAGAUUCUGUGUAUCUACAUUACAUUUUUAUUUCUUUAUUAAUCAGUAAAAGCAGUGAAGUGCUGAGAGAAAAUUUUUUGGUCACUUAAUGUAUUUUAAGUGGCAAUGUGGCAUUGUUGUGGUUUCAGCACUGGUUAUGGAGCAUUAAGCUAAUAAAUCAUGCUGGAAGUAGGCUGGGUCUAUGUUGGAUCAGCUUGCAUGACUCCUUAACAUACUUCUGAGCCUUGGAGUGCUGAAAAGCAUAGUGUGAGAAAUGGCUCUUUAACUGACAAAGUCCAUACAGAGUAGGCUGCAGAAGAGACUUACUA